ACUAACACACUGACACAAUCACAGUCACUCUCGCUUUCCCCAAUUCCCCGCCAGCCAGAGCUCCUGCUCUUCACUACCUUUUAGUGUGGAUGAAUACUAACUAGCUCUUCAGUCUUCACCUCCAUGUUCAACAAACCAUCGGCUAUGACUUCCCUACUCGUCCUCAGCCUCGUACUCUACGCGGCGUCGCAGACAAUCCCCGUCCUCUCCAGCACCACUGCCUACCCCUCCGUAGCUGACACCGAAACUACGGACUGCUCGGUUUCGGGAACAGACGAGCUCAUACCGGUUCGCCGAGAAGUCUACGAUGGAGGCCGAAUCAUCGAUAUCACCCACAGGUACAGCCCGGACAUGCCGGAGUAUGGGUCUAGCGAAGGGAUCGGCCAGGUCGUCUGGCUAGCGCAGAGCAUGAAGAACGGCUCGCUUGCCAACCAGUCCUUGAUGAAGCUGCCCUCCCACACCGGCACGCACGUCGACGCGCCCGGGCACUUCUUCGAUCACUACUUCGACGCCGGCUUCGACGUCGACACGCUUGACUUGGAAGUGCUCAAUGGUCCAGCAUUGUUGGUUGAUGUUCCAAGGGACAAUAACAUAACUGCUGAAGUCAUGAAGUCUCUAAAUAUCCCCAAGGGAGUACGUCGUGUCCUUUUCAGAACUUUAAAUACUGACAGGCGGCUUAUGUUUAAAAAGGAGAGCGACUUAAGUUAUGUGGGAUUUAUGGAAGAUGGGGCAAGAUGGUUGGUGGAGAACACUGACAUCAAACUUGUUGGAAUUGAUUACUUAUCUGCUGCUGCCUAUGAUGAUUUGGCCACUGCUCAUUUUGUCUUUUUGGAAAGCAGGGAAAUCAUCCUCGUGGAAGCCCUAAAGCUUGACGACGUCCCUGCAGGAAUAUAUACUGUCCAUUGCUUACCUCUUAGGUUGCUUGGUGCUGAGGGAUCACCAAUAAGAUGCAUUCUCAUCAAAUAAUAAUUUCCUUGAUCUCUUGUGCCUCAAUAAAGCGGGGAAGAUAUGCACUUUUACAUACGGGAAAUGUUUGGUUUCCAUCUUUUGCCUAUCUUUUGUCUAUAUCUGUAUAAGAAGUGAGCAAAUUCGCCAUUGAAUGGUGAAUUUGCAAGAAAGAUAGACAAAAAAUAAAUAAGAAAUGGAUGUGUAACAUUUCUCUUUUGUAUAGGUUAUUAUGAACAACCUAAUAAAUGUUUGUUGGACUCCUCCUUUAAAUAUUGUAUAGUAAUGAUAUGCACUAUCCUUUUAAAUA